AUGAAAAACAUAACAACAGAAGAAGUACUGAAGAUAAUUGGACCACAAGAGUACUCUCUCGCGGACAAGGGUCCAGUUCCUGGAAUCAAUGUCUUGGAGGCAUGGACUCCUCCACCAUACAAACGUGUGUUCAAUGUACAUGAAUUGUAUGAAAUAUUCUCGAAAGAAUGCGUUACUAUGAUUGGAGACUCUACCGAUCGACGGGCUGCUGAUACGCUUCACAUUCUCCUUCAGGAACGCCAUAAUAUCUCUGGCAUUACGAAAUUUUUCCACAAGUACAAGAAUAGGUACCAAGACCACACUCGUCACAAUUUUGUGGAUGGUGUCUUUCGAACAAAGGCCUGCGCUCCUGGUACGAUCGACAAUCUCUUUAAAGCAAAUUAUCAAAGUCUACUUGAAUAUGAGCAGAAAAAGGAGAAGAAGUACGACAUCAUUGUUGCAGCCACAGGGCCGUGGAACCAUAUUGGCAAGCCAAAGUGGUUUACGCCCAACGAGACACGGGACUAUAUUCGACGAAUUAUCCAUCAUCUUGACAAAGAAAUUCCAAAGGAUGUACUGUUCAUCUGGAAAACCUCUCUCUGGUCUUGGUUUGGCCAAUGGGAAGUCCUGGGGGACGACGAAAGUGUCGAAAUGCCCAAGGGGAACAAUUACUUGAUUCAUGUGGCCAACGAGGCUGCCAAAGAGACUAUACGUGAGAUCAAUUCUCCCAGACGAAUAGUGUUGGACUUUGCUGCGGAAAUUGCUCCUUAUUCGUGGGAGUAUAGGCGACCUACCAACAUGGAGGCUGAAUUUUUAGAUUACGUUCCGUGGCACUUGGGACCGAAGGGUCGUGUGUUGUUUGCACAAAUGUUGGCCUGGGAAAUUGCUCGUUAUCGAAACAGCUCGUUGAUUUCUGGGGUAAUAGGAACGAACAAUAAUACUGCUGGACAGGGAAUCGUCGACUCGUCUGGCAAAAAUCAUUCAGAAAAUUCAAGGGAAAUGACUCAUGAAUUGGCGGCAAACGAAACAAUUUCUGGAUCCAGUGUCACAAAAGCUUCCAAUGAUGAUAAUAACGACGAUACGAAUGAAGUGGACAAGGAAAAUCCGAAUGACAUGUCCCAUGAGUUGGCGGCAAACGAAACACUUUCUGGAUCCAGUGUCACAAAAGCUUCCAAAGAUGACAAUGACGAGUAUACGAAUGAAGUGGACAAGGAAAAUCCGAAUGACAUGUCCCAUGAGUUGGCGGCAAACGAAACAAAUUCUGGAUCGAGUGUCACAAAACCGUCCAGUGCUGACAAUAAUGAGGAUACGAAUGAAGCAGAUGAAGAGGAUUCCAGUGAUGACAACGAAGAUACGAACGAAGAAGUAGAUGAAUCCACUACAACUGCCCAAGUUGCCCCACCUACCGACCCACCAUUCGAGCAACCACGCGUCCACUGGCCCUCCAGUGACAACACGUAUGCUACUUCAAACACUGUAUCGACAGCAGCAACGGAACCAGCAGUUGUCAUAGAUGUCGUUUCGCUUCAGGAUUAUAUCCAAAUCCCAGAGAUGCCACGAACGCCAACCAUUCGAUACUUUGGACUUGUCCUUAUUAUUUUGUAUGCUGGACUAAAGAUGCGAUCGAGGGGGAAAUCUAGGACUCGGCGCAAUAAAAUCUAG